AUGGAAGAUAUAUGCGCCAUUGCACAAGCGGAAGAAGUGGAGCUGCUGCAGUCAAUGUAUUCAGAAGGUGAAUUGACUUUUGGACGCUCACCGUCGGAUCAUGAAGCGGUUCAACCUUCUAGUUUCACAGUACAAGUAGUUGUCGACGUCGAAGUGAUCGAAAUAGAAUUUCGCGUGCCGAAAGACUAUCCUUACAAGAACUUUCCAACAGUUUUCAUUAGAGGACACGGAGCAUUCAAUUACGACCGAAUAAACAGCGACCUUCGAGAUUGGAUUCAUCAACAGCAACUUGGUCUUCCUCUUGUUGCGGAGAUUAUUUCUUGGGUAAUCGAAAAUAAUGCCAAAUAUCGGACUACUCAAGGCGACAUGUCUGAUGGGCUAACCGAAUCUUGUGAGGAUAAUUUCUCAAAAGAGUUUGCACGAUACUACAUAUUGUCACACCAUCUCCGCUCUCCAAUCAAGAGGUCCAACAUAAUGCAGUUAGCGAAGGAACUCCAUCUGUGCGGUUUCUUCACACCUGGCAAGCCUGCCGUGAUCCUAGUUGAGGGAGAAACGUCGGCGUGUGAAGAGUUCUGGAAAAAUGUCAAGUCAUGGACAUGGAAGAAAAUUUCGUUGAGACAUUCAGAGAUGCUGCGUUCAGUCGAUGAUCGAAGGUUCACUGAAUUCGCUGAAAUUGCUCCGAAUCCUUCUGGGACUCCUAUGGGUAACGUCAAACGGCUACUAAUCGAUGCAAGACUUGAAGAUAAAUUCUCAUUGUUGUACGAUUCACUAACAAAUGGUGGACCUUCUCAUUCCCACACUGGUACCGUUGACGUAGUUGCCUUUAUCGAUAUUGAAAAAAUGGAGAAGACUGGUUUUUAUGAUUUUGUUGCCAUAUAUGUUCAGUCUGAAGCAGUUCUUAAGACUUUUUGUGCUGUUGCAUACAAAGCCGUAAAAGUUGGCGGGACUGUGGCCGUUCAUGCGUCAGGGAUUCCUGCACAAAUAAUCGGAAGAAGAGUUCGUGCAUCCGGCUUUGUCACUGAGGAAGGCGCAUCCGUUCAAGAUGGUGCAGUGGUUACUGGAACAAAGCCUUCGUUCGAUGGUGAAAGUGUGGCACUUAAUAUUCCUACUGCAAAGAAGUUAGCUGUGGACGACGAUGAUAUUGUAGACGAAAAUGAACUUCUCGAACCAGAGGACUUUGCGAAGCCAGUCGGGGACGAUCUUAAAGCAAGCUGCGGUGAAGCAGCUGAAGGAAAGAAAAGACGUGCUUGUAAGAAUUGCACAUGUGGGUUGGCGGAACAGGAGGAGACUGAGAAGAUGGCUCAACCUCGCAGCAAAGGUUGCGGUAAUUGUGCACUAGGUGAUGCGUUCCGUUGUGCAACAUGCCCAUAUUUGGGAAUGCCGCCAUUCAAACCAGGAGAAAAGAUUAAGCUGGAUACUGUCGACGAUUUUUGA